AUGUUAAAAAGAUGGAGGUUAGCUGGAUUAUCUAGUGGGAAAAAAUCGAGAUCAACCGAGGAUUUAAACGUUAAUGAUACAUUUAAUGUGGAUAGUUCUUUUGCAACACUGCCUAUUCUCGAAGUUACUCGAGUCUCCACAAUGGCUUCGGAAGAAGGUAACUUAUUAAAAACGGUAAAGACCUCUGAGGAAGACAUUUGUCCCGAAGAUAAUGUCGAGCAAAAUGCCGCUAAUUCGACUAUUGUACCGUAUUUGACACCUCAACCGGGGAACAAUUUUUCAUCGACAACUUAUACAGCGGUGGACCCGUCGAAUACGGCCAUUUUAGAUGUUAAAGAAUCUAAUUUAAUGCCUUAUGGUGAUGGAUCCAAUAAAAUUUUUGGAUAUGAAAAUUUUGGCAACACAUGUUACUGUAACUCAAUAUUACAAUGUUUCUUUAACCAUUCAGUUUUCAGAACUAGCAUGCUUUCGUUUCCCUCGAGUAAUUCUGACGGAGAAAGAGCUCGUACGCUAGAAACUUUUGGUAGGUCUAAAAGAAAUAUAAAUGGCGUCAGCAAAGAAUCAAGAAGCAGCUCAAACUCUCAAAACGAAAUCUUAGAAGAUGCUACAAAAUAUAAAGCACAGGAGAAAUUGGCCCAUGGUAAAAAAUUCAUAGCAGGUCUACUGAAACGUCAUAGUUCUAGUGCUGAAAAUGUCAAUUACAGAGGCGCUGAAACCAUCGCUAAAUCAAGUGAGAGUUCAUUGAAUAUUGAUGAUCUCUAUAUAAAUGACAUGCCAGGGGAUAAAAUUCUACCAAAAUUGUCAUCUUUUGAUGACGAAAACGUUCUUAACAAGACGAAAAAGUAUGACGGUUUAAUCGUAGGUAGACCUGUAUCUCAGGGAAGAAAAGAUUCCUCAUCUAGCGUCUUAUCUACUAAUGAAAUAUCAAAUGAAAGCUCUGCUUCGGAGAUAGAUAUGGACUAUAACAGUGAGUAUUUGUCAAGUGAAAAAAGGAAAAGAAAUGCAUUACUAAAAGGUCCUGUCCUAGACAUUGAUUCUAUAGUCAACAAAAAACAAGAUUCAUCUUUGUAUUAUGCAUUAAAGGACAUUUUUGAGUGUGCAGUCGAAACCAACUUUCUAUCUGGUGUAAUUUCACCUGUCCAGUUCAUAGACACUUUAAAAAAAGAGAAUGUUUUAUUUGAUACAACAAUGCACCAAGAUGCCCAUGAAUUUUUGAACUUUUUAAUGAACAAUUUGAGUGAUUAUAUUUGGGCUAAUAACAAAAAAGGCGAUCUUAAGAUAGAUAAUUUUGUCCAGGACAUAUUUCAAGGAAGUUUGACGAAUCAAAUACGAUGCUACACUUGCGACAGCAUUACUUCCACAGAAGAACCAUUUUUAGAUUUUGCUAUUGAAGUAAAAGAAGAUGAAAAUUUAAAUAUUCAAAGACAUUUAGAAAGUUUUCAUCAAAGAGAACUUUUAAAUGGUUCUGAUAAGUUUUACUGCGAUCGAUGUUGUGGUUUACAGGAAGCUGAGAGGCUAGUUGGCCUAAAAAGGCUUCCUAAAACGUUAUCUUUACAUCUGAAAAGAUUUAAGUAUUCCGAAGAUAAAAUGGCUAAUAUCAAAUUAUUCAACAAAAUAGAUUAUCCCACAUUUUUAACGGUAUCAUCGACUUUCGAUUCAAAAUUAUCAAAGCGUUAUGAACUCGCAAGUGCAGUGAUACACCUCGGCGAUGGCCCACAAUAUGGACAUUAUAUCUCGUUGUGUAAAACAGAAACGUUUGGAUGGCUAUUGUUCGAUGAUGAAACAGUGGAGGCUGUUGAUGAACAAACAGUACUAAGUUUUACUGGUGAAAAUUCGGAUACUGCAUAUGUAUUAUUCUAUAAUGAAGUAUCCGAGUACGAUGAAGUAAAGUCAUCCACGCAAGCUUAUGAAGAAUACAACACUCAUAUCGAUCAAUUGAUUAGGCAUGAUGACUGUUUACAUCAUCUUCAUGAUGAACCUCAUGAUAAGCCCAUCAAUGACAGUUUCAAGACCAGCACAGCCUCUUCAAUUAAUCCUGAAAAGAAUGACUCCUCAUCAAAGAUUGGAAGAAGGAAAUCACGAUUGCUCAAUUUUAUGAAAAAAUGA